AUGCAGGAGGUUUUCGUGCGCGUUGCGACGAAACACGACAGCUAUCGCGGCGACGCUCCGAUGCUUCGAUGGAUAUACCGGAUUACGACGAACCUAUGUCUGAAUCGUCUACGCCAGAAACGGACACAUCCGGUGGUCGCGGAUCCGCAAGCUGUGUUGCGGAUGAUCGACGGAACGACAAGGUCGGAGGAUCGUGGUGCGGUCAUGACGGUCCUCGCCGCACACGACGAGCUGACCCAGCAGAUUGCGGUCUACUACUUCGUAGACGAGAUGAGCAUGGAGGAGGUCGCAGAGACCGUGGGUUACUCGCGAAAGACCGUCUCCAAGAAACUGGAACGCUUUCGGAAGCGCGCGCGCGCCAUGCUUUCCGAUCGAGAAGUGCGGGAGGUGCACUCGUGA